AUGAUAGUACUCAUUAUUUGUCUUGUUCUUGCAGAGGAUGCUGACUACAGUGCUUUUGGUACUGACACUUUAACACGGAAAAAGAAUGUCUUGUCAAAUGUACUGCGUCCUGACAACCGAAAGAAACCUCCAAUUGCUAUCAGCUUGCCACGUGAUUUCCGCCCUGUGUCUUCAAUCAUUGAUGUGGAUGUUCUUCCAGAAACCCAUCGAAGAGUGCGGCUGUAUAAACAUGGAUCUGAUAAGCCACUAGGAUUCUAUAUUCGUGAUGGCUCGAGUGUCCGAGUAACUCCUCAUGGACUGGAAAAAGUCCCUGGAAUUUUCAUAUCUAGAUUGGUGCAGGGGGGAUUAGCUGAAAGCACUGGUCUGUUAGCUGUAAAUGAUGAAGUUCUUGAGGUAAAUGGUAUUGAGGUAUCGGGUAAAAGCCUUGAUCAAGUGACUGAUAUGAUGAUUGCAAAUAGCCACAACCUAAUCAUAACUGUGAAACCAGCAAAUCAAAGAAAUAAUGUGAGGAUCACUCGGACUUCUGGUAGUUCAGGCCAGUCUGCUGACACUGGUACUAGUCAUCCCGCUUUUGUGGCAUCCCCACAUGUUGUGCAGAAUUUCCAUUCAGAAGAAGUGGACAGUGAUGAAGAAACAGACAUCGUUAUAGAGGGCAAUGGUGAGCCACAGCACAUUCCAGUGGCAGCAUCAACCACUGCUAGUACAAUGUCUUUAACAAAAACUGACAACGAUCACGGUUUAACACCGAAUGGUUCUGUUGCCAGCAGUGAAGGAAAUACACGCACAUUAAAUGCUACCCUGAAAGUGGAUCCUGUGGAAAAGGAAGAUCUGAAUAAACGAAGCAUGGAGGAGGAUGGCACAGUUAUUACACUAUAGGUUUCUUACCCUGCACCUAAGGUGUGCUAAUACAUGUUUUUAGAGCAGCCUGUUAUGAUUUUUAUAUGCUAUACAGUAACUUUUUUGUCAUAAUUUUCAAAUUGUUGCAUGUGUGAAAUGAGCAGCAUGAUGUUUUAACUAGUAUGCAUCUCAAAGAAUACACAACUUGAAAUGGAUGGAUGGUAUUCCUUUCCGUUUCUAUACGUACACUUUUAAAUAGGAGUACUUUUAAGAGAAUUGCAACUUAUACAAAGUUGCAACAUAAAAUCUCUCCCACCCAAACAGAUUAACUUGAGAAAAAUAUAACUAUUAUGACGAUCUAAAUAUUGAUCUGAUAUAUACUCAUUGUAGAAACACAAAGAUCUGACUUUGUUUGUUUGUUUACAAUACAAUUCCUACACUGGCCAUCGUAAUUUUCUUUAAGAUCCUUAAUAGUUGUACUUAAGUACCAAAAAAAUAGCUUUAAUGUAACGAGUCUUGAUUUCUUAAGCAUGUUUCUUGCUCCUCUCCGUUUUCAUUUUAAAAGAUUUUGGUGGAGGGGGGAUGCAAUUGAUAAGGUAGUAUUAACCACUUUCCAUUACUACCUUGCUUACCCACAGUGUCUUCAUAAUGAGAUGGGAUGAGCAAUAAUUGUAAAUUUCGUCAUACUCCAGUAGUUAUGAUUACUAUACAAUUCCUUCCAAAAAUACAUGUUGCAGAGAUCGAGGUGAAAAGCCCAGCUCUCUGGCUUUUAUUUUAAUAUAACUGGUCGUGAUCAAAUAUUCUGUUCAAUUAAAGGAGUAGUAAGGUAUAUAAUUAUGGCUCAAAACAGAAUAGUUAAGGUACUAGCUAUACCUAUAGGCCCUUUAGCUCACUAUAAUUGACUUUUGUACCGUAGAUCUAUGUAAACAUACAAAUCAUUUUGAUAUUUGUUACCAGAAAGUAUUCCUAGCUUGCUUUUUAAAAAAAUGUGAAUGUCCUCAGAAUUACUGAUUAUGUGAACAUAGGAAUUCUGCAAGGAAAUGAAAGUUAAAGUGCUGGUACCCAAACAAGCCAUUAAAUUCUUGUGUUGUUGACAGACUUUAUAAAACUAAAUCAGGCAAGACUAAAUUGUCAAUGUUCCCAUUAAUUUCAGCAAAAGACUCAUAGCCUUGAUGGAACAAAUUGCCUUCUGUGCUGUAAACUUUUCUGGUAAACACUUCAGAGUUAGGUAAAUGAAAUUCUAACAAGAAUAAAGUUCUGCUUAAAACACAAACCGAUGAGGCACUCAGCAAAUCUAUUGUUUGUAUAUAAACAUUGUGUUGAUGUUGCCAGAAUUUCCUUUCGUCAAUCUGGAUAAGUACUGUUGAAUAGCAUGGUUUCAAGUAGGAAAAAAAGAAAUGACUAUUUGUUACUCCAGUUCUCUGAGGAUUUUGGUUUCUAAUCUACUUUGCUUAGUUUGUUGAUUAUUGCUUGAGGUAAACAAGAUUUUUAAAAAUGUUCUUAUUGGGUUCGUAUGAGUACAUUCAUGUUUUAUGAAGCUAUGUCAGGUGUGUAAUUAUAAUUACUUUUUAAGUCACAUUUUAUCCUCCUGGCUUUGUAGUUUCUCCAAUUUCAGUUAUAUUUAAUAUUAGCCUCAAAUCUGCAGUGCCAUUUUGUAGUGCCCUGUACAAACGCGGGAGGCCUCACUUCUAAUAUCAGACAGUUCAUAACAGAACAGGAAACAGUUUAGGCCCGUUAGAGGGAAAUCUAAUGUCGGGGCAGGGGUUGUCUGCUGACCUAUUACGUGUGGCUAAAUUAAUUGUAGGUGCUUGCUUGUGUUAUGAUCCCGUGAGAAAUCAUUAAAGAGAAAUCCAAGCACCUAGUAAUCAACUGUCCGAGUUACACCAUAAGAUUUCAAAUGUUUUACAAAAAAACCUUUCUGUAUAGAAUAAAGAAAUUAAGCAAAGCAAACACCACUGACUUCAGACAAUAGCUUAUAAAGAUUUGUGCUCUAAACUUAGUUCCACUAAUAACGCACUCUACUCUGUCCUUCCCAAUAUUUUCCUUGUAUGUUAGAUUGAAAGUUCAUUCACUUUCCCUGGAACCAACUUCCAAAUUAUGUGUCAUCUAGAGUUCACCAUAAUUCUCAGUUUUUUUUUUCCAAGUAAUAUUUUAUGACGAUCCUUCCAUUAGCUAUUUUGCUUAGCAGCCCCCCACCUUGUAUUUAAUACAGUUACAACUGUCUCUGCUCUUAGCUGUUGGAUAUAUGCUGGCAACCAAAGCAGUCUCUCAGCUUCUAAGUUAAUUUGCUGAAAACUCUCUGCCUCAAAAAUUUGGUAAGGACCACGCUAAAUUUCUUUCUCUAGCUGCCAUCUAGAAAUUACUUCCGGCCUCUUUCCAAUAAAAAUCCAAACUGAUCUUGAACCCCAAAUACCUUCCACAGUGUGAAUGAAAAAGCUCAUAUUUUAUUUGCUUCAAAUGCAGGGUCGACUAAUUUUUUUUUUACUUUGUCUUUUCCAACUCAAUGAGCUGUAUUCUACACAGGGCAGCAUGGUGGUUACCACUGCUGCCUCACACUGCCAGAGACUACAGUUCGAUUCCAACCUCGAGCAACUGCAUUACCAUUCUCCCAAUGUCUGUGCAUUUUCUCCAGGUGCUCUGAUUUCCUCCCACAGUCUAAGGAUGUGCAUGUUAUGUGGAUUGGCCAUGCUAAAUUGCCCAUAGUGUCCAGGAAUGUGUAGAUUAGGUGGAUUAAUCAUGGUUAAUGUGGGGUGGUCGGGGGCUGGGUCUGGGUGGGUUGCUCUUCAGAGGGUCAGUGUGGACUUGAUGGACCGAAUGGUCCUUUUUCACACUGUACGGAUUCUAUGUUUCUAUGUUCUACCCAAAAACACACUGCUUUCUUAUCAAAUACCCAGAUAACUUGAAAGAAUUUUUUAUCAUCAGUCAAUCUCUGACUGUGGGAUGUCCUCAACUGAAUGUAAGUUAAUUAUUUUACCUUCAAUACAACUCCUUGAUUCGGUAACCUAAAUGAAUAAUUUAGAUCUUGUAUGAAGUUUUAUGACCAUUUUUGUAAGAAUGUUGAUUUCAAGUUUUUUUUAAAAUGGAAAUAACCAUAGACACUCUGGAUCCACUAAGAAGUCUAGAAAUGGGUCAUCCAUUAUUCUAGUGUUUACACUUGUUUCUCUGAAGGUGAGAAUAAUAUAGGUUAGAUUUUAACUAUAAUUAAUUCCAAGCUUGUUUGAGUGGCACUUAACCUCAGGGUUGCUCAUCAAACUGUCCAUCAGAUGCUCCCCAUUUGUACAGUUAAAACUUAAAUUCCUGAAUCUAAAGGUUUUAUAUUCUAAAGCAUGAAAUAUGAACUAGAUAUUCACAACAUUUGCUGUGGUACACUUUUAUUUAUAAAUAUGUCUUUUUUAGAAUGCUGCAACAUGUUCUUGGUUUGGAUGCUAUUCAGUUGUUUCACCAGGCUAAAAGUCUGUUAUCAAAAGAACAAAUUGCUUUCAAAACUGAAAUAUAUUUAACUUUUUAAAAUGCAUUUUUGUUAGUGUAAGAAGCCUUUUUUAAAAGUCUGCCAUUGUGCUGUAUGAUCUACACUUGUAUUCUAUUAGAAUUAGGGUGGUAACAGACUCAUCAGGUUUGUAGUAAGUCUGCAAGAGAAUCUGCUCCAAAUUUUGCAAAGUGGUUUGGAAGCAGAUUUUCUGGAGUCUUUUCUAGGAGCCCUUAAAGGCGUUAAUAAAUUUGGAAGGAUAGCCAAGGAUUCAAGCCAGCUGGCAACAAUACAUCUAUCUUUUGCAGAUCCCUCCUUCCACCAAGGCUACCGAUUUUGCUUUGUUUGACCAAGUCCUAAUUAACAUUUAAACAUAUCUUUUUGAAAAUAUAAAAGUCUCCUUUACUGUUUUUAUAUUAAUGACCAUUCUAAUUCAGAUUAGACUAAACAUUAAACUAUGUCUCUAAAUGCUCAAGGAAAAUAUUUUUCUCGGACAGACUUUAUUGAACUUAAUAGUGUUUGAAGCAUGACCCAGGUGCUUACUGAAUUUGCCAUUUUUAAAAAAAAUUGUAUAAAGUUAAUAAAAGCAAACAUUUUGUCCAAUCAUUCCACAUUGAAUUCUGACACUGAAUAUUCAGAUUUCUCUGUUUUAAUAUUAAUGUUAUAAUGUCAAUGUGGUGCAAAGUGGAUACCACAUCUCCCACAAAAGAUGCUAAGAAGAUUUAAUAGUUGACUGAGUCUGCCACUCUUGCCCAACUGCUGUGGUUGAAGCACUACUGGCAGUAAUCUGGAAGCAGAAUGUUUGUGUCUUUUUACUUGGGGCUGAUGCAUGAUUGGUUGGCUGGACAUCUGGUUUGCGAUACAGAGUGAUGCCAACAGCAUGGGUUCAAUUCCCAGACCAGCCAAUGUUACCGUGAAGAAUUCCCCUUAACCUUUUGCCUGAAGUGUGAUGAUUCUCAGUUUAAACCAUCACCAGUCAUCUCCUAAUGAGAGAGCAUUACUCUGGUAAGAAUUUACCUUUUAUGGUCAGUUAAUUCAAAAAUAGAUCAUUCCAUGGAAAACAAAUAAAAGUAUUUUGGUUCUUUGCUACUGUGAUGCAUACAAUCUAUCAAAUGCCCUUCUGAACUAAAAUAUCGAAUUCUUAAUUGUUUGCAAAUCUAAAUAAUGCAUACAUUUAUGAUCGUCAACAAAUAAUUAAUUGCUGAAAAAUCAUUUAUAUUAAAAUGCAUGACACUAGCAAAAAACUCAAAGUAAAUAACAUUAAGUAUUUAAGCUUAAGUAAAUUGAUGCCUGUGCCAGGUGGUGGGCUUCCUCGUAUGAAUGUCAUGCUUUUGUUAUACUUUAAAAUAUUAUUGAAAGUUAAAAUUUGAGCUGCUGAAGUGUUCAUACUUUUCUCAGUGCACCAAGUACAUCACAAAUUACUAGAUGCAACUUGACAGACUUAAGUUUAAAUCUGAACUAAUUUGACCUUCUGACUCUUAUAGGUUUCUAAGAAUUCCUCACUUUUUAUAUAAUUACACACCUUGAUGAUCAAAGAGUUCCUUUGGUGUAUCCAGGCUAAACCAUCAAUUGAGUAAGAAAAAAUGUGGGCAACAUUUGAAGUGAGAAAAAUAGGAAAUAUUUUCUAACUGCAAAUAGGCAUUUAAAAAUUUGUUAAUGCAGACACAUGUAUGUAUAUUGUACACCCAUGUGGUAAACAUGUCUUUUAAAGUAAUUAAGAGCAAUUUGUCUAAAUGCUGCCUCACUUUGCACACUUUGAAAAUCCUUGAAUUCUUUUUUCCCUUUUCACUCUUCUAUGUUUAUAUGUUUUAAUGUCUAAUUUUAAAAGUCAUGAUUUGCCCUGCAAAGUAAGUAGGGUCAGUCAUACCCUGUGUUCUAAUCACAAUGCUACUGAUAUAUUUAAUUUCCUUAAUGUAAAAUGGUAUUUUUUAAAAUUUGUUGAAUGUUACAUGUUUAGUAACUGUCUGAAAUAUGACUACAUGGAAUACAAAAUUUCAGGUAAAUAAGCCUGCUGAAUCUGUGAAAAUAGUACAUCUCUUCCUUCCCAGCUAAUUGAGAGCUGCAUGAUUGUGUUAAAAAGCAAAAUCAAACUAGAUUUACUCGGAGGUGAAGGGUAAAUAUUUCCUUUGUAGCAAGAAAUAUUAUCAGUGUGAAAAAUCACUUUUAAGUGAUAACUGGGCAUGAAAUGUAUGAAAGGCACUUGCUUUGAUCUAUCACAGUGACCUGGACAAAUUUUAGAAUUUCUGAAUUGUAACUUAAACAUCUAUUUUUGGUUACUCUGAUGUAAAAUAUUCUCAAUGAAGCAUGUUGUUCAGCUUUCCAAACUCGAUGAGUGCACAAUUGGAGAUUGUAUCAUUCAGAACAUAAAAAUACUCAAAGUCAAUGGAGAACCGGCUAACGGAUUAAAAUGUUUGUAGUUUGUCUGAAAAUAUGCAUUUUGCUUGUGAAUAUACCCUCUGCUGGCUACUAGCUGUACUACAAGUCUUAAUAUGACUGCUGCUGAAUUAUUUGUGGACAAUCUGUUCACUCUGAAACAACCACUACAAACUGGAGGAAAGUGUAUAAUUGCAUGUUUUGAAAUGGCGAUUCCAAAUGAUCAAGAUAUUUUUGUCAUCUUGUAUAGGAUUAUAGUGUAUAAGUAAUUACUAAAUGAGAAGUCAAAUUGCAGUGAUGUUGCAUUUUAGACCCUCAGUCUUUUCUGUCUCAUUUUACUACCUCUUAGAUUUAUGAUAGUAAACACUGUAAUCUGACAUCAUUCCAGAUAGUUUGUUCUAUAAUCUGAAUAUAUAGCCUCAAAUUGCUUCUCUUUUCAAGCAACACAUUUAAUGAAAAUACCCAUGCUGAGUUUUAGCUCUUGUCUGUGAAUAAUAAGCUAUGGCUUCAUGAUUUUUAAGUAAUUUUUUAAUGAAAUGAUUUGUAUAAGAUAGGCACAGAUAUCAGUAUUUUCUUAUGACUGUACAAUAUAUGUUUAUAUGAUCACACUAAAGAGAAAUUUCACAUUUUAGAGUCAGACCACAGCCUUAUGCUUAAUGAUAUAUUUGUAUGAACUAAAGAAAAUCAGUAGAGGCUUCAACUUUUAUAGUACUUUUCAAGGUUUAGUUUCCCUGCAGUACAAAAGCUGUUUGGUACCUUCUUUCCUCUUUCCUGUUUUUUUUCCUCUCUUUGAUAGUGGUCAAAAACGUGCUUCAUGCAAAUCAUUGAUUUCUUUGAGCUGUUGGAGCCAUUCAGCUUUCUAGUGAAACACGUCAGAACAAUUUAGACGUUCAAAUUGUAUAAAAGUGAUGGCCUUGACCUGUACAAUCCUGGUAUUUGCAGAGUUUGUCAUCUAUAGCUUUUUCAUUUUUGUGAUUAGCUUUUGAAGCUUUGAAGUUACUUGAAUUUAUCAAGCAAACUAUUCAUUACUUUGAAUAAAACAAAUGAAAUAUUGCACUUUAAAUUCCUUUGCUAUACUUUUUCAUAGAAUUGGUAUCAAAUGCAAUCUGUAGAAGUGGAAACAGAAAACUUGGCAUGUGUACUGUUGAAUAUAACAAUAAAAACUGGUGAAUAAACAA